CGAACAAGCCCCAUCCUUCUUCCAACACUACGAACCACCAUUAUCAUGUUCGUCACUCGUCCUAGCACUUGCAAACGCUCUCUUGCCGAAAAUGACCACGAAAAUGCACAUGCCAACGAGAAGUGCCCUCGAGUCCUCACAGGCACUGAGACGGCUGCAUUGAAGUCUAUCAAGAAUGAAAACAAGCGAUCUGGCGUCAAGUCCAAGGCUAGCGCAGCCACUGCAACGAAACAGCGACGUAUUGGUAAAGACAGUACCAAGAAGAAAGGUCCUCAAGCACCUCCUAAGCAUCAGGCCAAGUCUGCCGCUGAAACACACUCGCAACUCAUGCGGCACAACGACCUCGAUUCGGAGCCUGAAGCCUCCAUUGAUUCACCAUUCGACGUGCCUGGCUAUGUUCUGAAGAAAACAGACUUCGGCGUCGUUUGGAUGUUUCCUAUAAUCCCUGGGCGGCCAGCGCCUGUCGUACAAGGAGACGAACACCCUGCUCCAGGUCCCUCUACAACUGUGGUCUCCUCCCAGAGGAAUGAAACCAACAUCAUCGUUGCUAGGAAUGUCGCACCAAGCGAAGUACGUGCCUCUGAGCCUGUUCCAGUGCAGCCUGCUGCUGAGGAGUCAGCCUCAAAGCCCAAGCCUACCAAAUGCGUGCUCACCCAUCAGGAGUUCGCCAUGCUCCUCGAGCGCUGCGCAGCGUCUGACUUCAGUGCGAUCGAGGAGCUCAAAGAGCUCGCGAAGGGCACAAAGGGUCUGCAGCGCAUCUCCGACUUCACGGAACUGCUUGCCGAUCGCGCCAGGGUCGCGUGGAACGCCAAGUCCAAGGAGGACUCCGAUAUGAGCAUGGUCCCCACAUUCGUGUUCCUACAGUGGUUCAACUCUUACCAUCACUUCGGCGAGUUUGCUGGGGCACUCCUCGAGACUACUCAUCCGAACAGCAAGAAACGCGUGAUGGGCUUGGACCGCAUCGCUUUCAACAUCGCGUUUGCGCUCGUGGCGCACUUUGCCCUUGACGUGUCACUCUACACCAAGGGCAAGCCCUCACACACGACGGACGUGCCUAAGAUGCAUGAGCCCGAAAUGAAAAACCUGAACGACGAACUCAUGGUGUGGAACUGGACCCAGGGCGGCGUGACCACGCUCGAUGGGCUCGACGACACGCUCGCAUUGGCUGUGACGCGCUGGAGGAAGGAGAGCAGAAGCGUACCGAAGGCGGCGGAGGACAAGCUCGCAGAGCUUGAGGCGUUCACAGAUGUGAUCGAGGACGUCACAGGGUGGGGAGGCGAGAAAAACCAUGGGUACGAGUUGUUCCAGCGCAGCAUGACGGCGCUGGAGAAGUGGAUUGACGAUGUCCGCAUUCCGAAGGAUAACGUGAGCUACAUCGUACCUGCUGACUGGUGAAUGGUGUUUAUUUGCUGUCCAGCAGCCCAAUUUUGACGUUCGCUUGUAUAAAUUCUCGCCCGUGCUGUAAAAUCUACCUGGAAAUCGUCGUGCUGUAGUUAUGAUUCAUAAUUCAAAAAGCUGCUUCAUUGU